UUGCCGGUCAAAGUCUGCCCAAUUCCGCCUACGGCGGUCUCGUCCCCGAGAAAGAGGGAGAUCUCUUUGGAAACAUGGAGCUGCUGUGCUGCGAGGUGGAUCCCAUGAGGAGAGCUCUCCCUGACCCAAACUUGCUCUACGAUGACCGCGUUUUGCACAACUUACUAACCAUAGAGGAGAGGUAUCUGCCCCAGUGCUCCUACUUCAAGUGCGUCCAGAAGGACAUCCAGCCCUUCAUGAGGAGGAUGGUAGCCACUUGGAUGCUGGAGGUCUGUGAAGAGCAGAAGUGCGAAGAAGAAGUUUUCCCUUUGGCCAUGAAUUACUUGGACAGAUUCUUAGCUGUGGUGCCCACUCGAAAGUGCCAUCUGCAACUGCUGGGGGCAGUGUGCAUGUUCCUGGCCUCCAAGCUGAAAGAGACAAUCCCCCUCACAGCCGAGAAGCUGUGCAUAUAUACGGACAAUUCCAUCAAACCCCAAGAGCUGCUGGAAUGGGAGCUGGUGGUGCUGGGGAAGUUGAAGUGGAACCUCGCAGCUGUUACCCCGCACGAUUUCAUUGAACACAUCCUAAGGAAGCUGCCUCUACCUAAAGACAAGUUGCUUUUGAUCCGGAAGCAUGCACAAACAUUCAUUGCCCUUUGUGCCACAGAUUUUAACUUUGCCAUGUACCCACCAUCAAUGAUAGCAACUGGAAGUGUGGGGGCAGCCAUCUGUGGCCUUCAGCUUGAUGACGGGGACAGCCUCACGGACCUCCUGGCCAAGAUCACAAACACGGAUGUGGACUGCCUUAAAGCUUGUCAAGAACAGAUCGAGGCGGUGCUAGUAAAUAGCCUUAGUCAAGUCCGGCAGCAGCAACAGCAAAGCAAUCCUUCUAAGACGGUGGACGAACUGGACCAGGCCAGCACUCCCACAGAUGUGAGAGACAUCAACCUGUGAGGACAUCGGCACAGAAAGUCACGCUUGCUCCCCCAGCCCUUUUAUUUUUGUUAUUAUUUUUAGAGUGAUUUUUUUUAAUCUGCUCCCACAUAGAACGUAUUUAAAGCUCUUUUAGGUAAAAAAGAAAAAAAAGUACAAAAACUGAAUAAUGAAAAGAAAAAAAAAGCAUUUGGUGCCUGUGAUGUUCUACAGAAGGGAAUCCCACAAUAUAUUUGGUAAUUGCUAUUUGAUUAUGUAUCAGUGAUAUUAAAUGCUUAUAAAAGCAUACAAAGUAGCUAGAUAAAUGUAAGCCUGCAUUUGUGGGAACAAAGUAGAGUAUACUUGUCUGUGUAUUAUGACCUAGUGCAUACACCCCUUUUUUAGAUUUAAGAAAGGAAUCGUGUGUGCGAUUUUAUGGCUUGACUAGAUUGCAAAGCAAUAGAAUAAGGGGUUUAGGGCAAAGUGGGAAAAGAUCCCUGAAGCAAUUGAACCAUUUUGAAUGCAGAAGAGAUUUGCUGAUCUGUCACCUCUGUUAUUAGUCAGAAGUGUUUGUUGGAUCUCUGUAUGUUAGUUUUGUUUACUCUUGCUGUCUGUGGUAGCUGCUACCUAAGAAAGAAGAUGCUUUAUUUUGCCAGCCAGAAGAGCAGGUGGUUUUUUGUUGUUGUUGGGUUUUGUUUAUUUUUCUUGGGUUUUUUUUUUCAACUUUCCCCUCUCCCCUCUCGACUUUUUCUACUUUUCCUUUAGGAAUGGCUCAUUUUAAACACAGCAGCAUCUUUGGCAUAAGGGCAAUUCUGAUUACCCAACUGUGGUCCAAGCCAAAGUACAGAGUGUUCACAUUAGGUGGGGGAAUGCACCAAUUCAGUCAGACCACCUCCGACCUUUGGAUUGCAAGAUGCAGUGGGUCGUCUGUGAAAAGCAUUAUAUUCCUUUACAGUGCUAAUGCUUCACGUCAAUGUUAACUUGUGGCAGCUCCUUAGCUUGGCCGUAAAGACAUUUAAAUGAUGCUCUAUCCAUAUUCAUUUUUAACAUAACCUCACUGUGUUAAAGAUGAGAUUCGGUUUGAUCCCUCUUCCAGCUACCCACCUUCCCCCAUUGCCCCUCACACAUUUUCAGCAUUUCAUUAACUUUAUUGAUCCAUAGUGAGGGUUUUUGUAAACCAUUUCAUUCGAAAAGCACUUUGAAAAUUGUUCCUAAGGGAUUAAAUGAGAUGGUUUAUGAUGAUUUUGCCAAGGAAA